CUACGGUUUUCUUUUUCCCCUGCCAUGGGAAAUGACGACUUGGACCUCGAUGGGAACUGGGCAGUCGAGAAGAAGAGAAAGCGGAAAGCUUCGCCGUCAGUGCCUAAGACAGCGCCGGCCAAGGGUGUGCUGCGCGCUGUUCUUGCCUCAGAGCAGCUGCCGAGAUCGGCCACCAAGAAGCAGCUCCGGCUCUGGGCGAAGACCAGGCUGGGGACCGCAUGGGUGGCAGAGGCCAAAGCCAAGAAGCUGACACCCAUAGAGGCGAAGGAGCUGCGGCCGCUGGGCAGCUGGUUUCUGCCGGUGCCGCCGCAGCUGCGCGUGGCGCAGCUGCCGGGCCUUGAGGGAUGCCAGCGCCUACAAGGCCUCGGUUCAGAACGGCCCGGAGCGGGCUGCGUGGGAGCGCUGGUGCUGUGCUCCUCAGUGGAGCGCGUCUUCGCGUUGAAGGCGGAGCUGGACGCGGUGUGCCCGCAGAAGGCGCUGGCUCUGGCGAAGCACGGGGGCGGGCGCUUGAGCGACCAGCUCAGCCGCCAGGCAAAGGCCUUGGCUGCGGGUGCCGCAUUAGCUGUGGCCACCCCCGCCCGCUUGAACCGCCUGGUGGCGGAGGGGCAUCUGGACCCUGCGCGAAUCUCGCUGGUGAUUUUGGACCUGGCCAAAGACAAGAAGCAGCGCGACGUGCUGACGCUGCAGGAGGCUCGGGGCGACUUCUUCCAGCUGCUGCGGGGGCAGCUUUUGCCGCUUCUGCCGAAGGCCAAGAAAGGCACCGGCCUGGCGCUGCUUCUGUGCGGCGCGGGAGCGGCGUCCGCAGCGGAAGGAGACAAGUGAGUUCGCGG